UGUGCAUUGUGGUCCGUCGGCGGGGGGCGAACAUGGCCGAGAAGCAGAAGCACGACGGGCGGGUGAAGAUCGGCCACUACGUGCUGGGAGACACGCUGGGGGUCGGCACCUUCGGCAAAGUCAAGAUUGGCGAACACCAGCUGACGGGGCACAAAGUAGCAGUAAAAAUACUCAACAGACAGAAAAUACGUAGCCUGGAUGUGGUUGGGAAGAUCAAACGAGAAAUUCAAAACCUUAAACUCUUUCGGCACCCUCAUAUUAUCAAACUGUACCAGGUCAUCAGCACACCAACAGACUUCUUCAUGGUCAUGGAAUACGUAUCUGGCGGUGAAUUAUUUGAUUACAUCUGUAAGCACGGACGUGUUGAAGAGGCAGAAGCUCGACGCCUUUUCCAGCAGAUUCUCUCCGCGGUGGAUUACUGCCACAGACACAUGGUUGUCCACCGAGACCUCAAACCAGAGAACGUGCUGCUGGACGCACACAUGAAUGCAAAGAUAGCUGAUUUUGGCUUGUCCAACAUGAUGUCAGAUGGCGAAUUUCUACGCACCAGCUGUGGUUCCCCAAAUUAUGCAGCCCCUGAAGUCAUCUCUGGAAGGCUAUACGCUGGCCCGGAGGUGGACAUCUGGAGCUGCGGCGUUAUCCUCUACGCCCUUCUCUGCGGCACUCUGCCUUUCGACGACGAGCACGUCCCCACCCUCUUCAAGAAGAUCCGAGGAGGUGUGUUUUACAUCCCAGAAUACCUCAACCGCUCCGUUGCCACUCUCCUCAUGCACAUGCUGCAGGUUGACCCCCUCAAGCGAGCAACUAUCAAGGACAUCAGGGAACACGAGUGGUUUAAGGAGGAGCUGCCCAGUUAUCUAUUCCCGGAGGACCCUUCCUAUGAUGCCACCGUCAUCGAUGACGACGCGGUUCGGGAAGUUUGUGAGAAGUUUGAAUGCACGGAGUCGGAGGUGAUGAACAGCCUGUACAGCGGUGACCCUCAGGACCAGCUGGCGGUGGCUUACCACCUCGUCAUCGACAACCGGCGGAUCAUGAACCAAGCCAGCGAGUUCUACCUCGCCUCCAGCCCCCCCACCGGCUCCUUCAUGGACGACAGCACCAUGCACAUCCCUCCCGGGGUGAAGCCGCACCCCGAGCGGAUGCCGCCGUUGAUAGCGGAUAGCCCCAAAGCACGAUGUCCUUUGGAUGCCCUCAACACCACGAAGCCGAAACCCCUGACUGUCAAAAAGGCCAAGUGGCACCUGGGAAUCCGCAGCCAGAGCAAACCCUAUGACAUCAUGGCCGAGGUGUACCGUGCUAUGAAACAGCUGGACUUCGAGUGGAAGGUGGUGAACUCCUACCAUCUCAGAGUGCGCCGCAAGAACCCGGUGACGGGCAAUUACGUGAAGAUGAGCCUGCAGCUCUACCAGGUCGACAACCGGAGCUAUCUCUUGGACUUCAAAAGCAUCGAUGACGACGUGAUGGAGCAGAGGUCCGGCUCGUCCACACCACAGCGCUCCUGCUCCGCCGCCGGCUUGCACCGGCCGAGGCUGAGCAUCGAUGCCGCUGCAGCCGCCGAGUGCCAGUCACUGAUGGGCUCCCUGAGCGGCUCCUUCGUGGGCAGCAUCCCCACGGUGACGCCGCGCCUGGGGAGCCACACCAUGGACUUCUUCGAGAUGUGCGCCAGCCUGAUCAUGGCCCUGGCUCGCUGACGGGCAGCACCAAGGCACCGGGCCCUUCGCACACGGAAGCCUUCGCCCGUUGUCAGCACCCUAAAAUCGCUGCCAAAUCUGCCUUCCCUGCCUUCCCCGCUCGCAGCUUCGCGCCGCUGGAGACUCGCUUUUCAUGCCGAAGGGCUCUCCCGUCCUGCUGCUGCUCACCGGACUGUGACCUUCACCACUCCGCUGAUAAGGCAGGGAUAUCUGUGUUCAGACUUUUACUCUUUCUUUACUACUGGCUAUCUGAAGGAUAGGAUUUUAUUUUUUAAGACAAACUACAGGGAUUUUUAAGGUUAAAUUCUUGUUAUUCAAGGGUAAGCUCUAAUGCAUGUGUGACUUCUUUGUUUAAAAGAAUUAUUAUUUUUGAUUACAUAGGCUUAAUCUAAUGGGCAGCGUUGGCAUCUGCUUGGCUUCGCUAUGGUAUUUAAUUCCAUUUACUUGAUUGCGAAGGAACGUAAUAGUCUAAUCAGUCAAGGAACAAAUGCUUUACGAAAACUUUGCCAAAAAAAUCCUGGGUGGGUUUUUUUUUUUCUUUUUUUUUUUUUUUUUGUUUAAGAAACAAAGCGAAGGAGAACUUUUGCUCGUCCCAGGUAUGUGCUCAUUCAACUGUAAAAAAAUUUAAUCCAUCUUUUUGAUAGCUUCUUAUGACCCAUCAAGGUUUUUUGCUAGGUUUUUUUGUACAGUUGCACUUUAAUUUAUACUUUCUGCAAGUUUCUAUGAGAAGCAAGGAAGAGAACGACACAUUCAGCCUUUUGUACUAAUCAUUUUAGGUAACGAAGACAAAUACGGGAUAUUUUUGCCAUCUACUGGCAGUUAAGUGGACGUUUUCAGCUUGAAGUCCCUUUUUUUUAAAAACACAAGAUUGCCUUACUUUUGUUACAGAUUACGCUUGGAUUUUCACUAAUGCGACUUUACAGCUCCAAUUUUUCCAGAAGGCGCACAAAGUAGAAAACUUCCAAAAAAAAAAAAAGAGUUUUGCUGUUAAGUUCUUGUACGCUAAAUCCAACGCAGCAGUGGUUGGAUUAUAAACCCAGCAGCAGAACAGUUUUGUUUUUAAAAGAAACACUGGAAAUAUUUGUAGUACUCCUAGGUUUUGUAAUGAGCUUUUUAUUAUAUUAUCAUUAUUAAAUAAAUACUCUGGGGUGGAGGAUGGCUUUGGUACUGUGCCUGGUGGCUAUCAGAUGAUGCGCGACUCCAGUGCUGUGGUGUGAGCGGGUCAUACCUGGUGAGGAUGGAGAAUCCAGACUCCUGCAUGCAAAAAACCCCACCCCAGAGCCAAAGCUGAGCAGCACAUGGCUCUUUAGCAGCUUUCGGAUCAGCACUGGGACACAAGCAAACAGCCUUGAAUGGUUUUGGGUGCUGGAGAUAAGCCCCAUUGGAAAGGAGCAGGAGAGGGCGGCUGAGCGGCUGUAGGGACAGACAUUAGUUUUCGUCCAAGAAACAGCUACAAGUGUCCAUACCCCCGCUGUGAAAUGUCUUUGAAAUGGAAAAGGCUGUUUAAAUCAACAUUCGCAACGGAGCAUCCUGCCAAGUCGCUUGUCCUGGAAACACCAGCAGCCCAGUUGACAAGGGGCUGGUGCGUUAGGUAUCAUCUGCAGUUCAGAAGUAUGGAGAUGUACAGAUGUCUUGCCUUAAAAUGACACUUGUCCUCUGGGAUUUCUUACCCAGCAGAACUAAUAGUAUUAAACGGCAGCAAAUGCCCUUGGGAGGAAAUAUUUGCUUCCUGGGGGCGGGUGGGAUUUCUAGGUGGUAGGGUAAGCCCUGUGGCACUUGGCAUCUUCUCAGACCCAUGCAAACAUUAACUCUUAUAUGGAUCUGCAAAACCAGGACUGCCUAGAAGGCAACGAGAGCGUCUCAGUUUUCCAUAUGGAGAGAAAGAAAGAGAUGAAGCAACUUUCCUGCUCGAUGUCAGCAGAGGCAGUGGAGCGAGUGGGACCGAUGGAAGUACCUCCUCGAUGAACGCGUCGGAUUUAACUGUCCAUUACAGCCUUACCCAAAUCCACGCUGCAUUUUGAAAUAUUCUGAGAUGUUUCACUUCUUUUUUUUUUUUACUUAUUUUACCUUCAAAUAGGCUGUUUUCUGGUUCCCAGCUGUAAAGAAGCUGCUGACCUCCGGUUACAUUUUCCAGAGGAAAGGUUUAACUUUUACACUGUUACACUGUGGUCAGGUUUUUUGAGUUAUGCUGGUACAUGCACGAGCAUCAGGAAAAGCAGGGUAGAUGUAUUUGAACUACAGAAACUUGAAUUACUCCAAGUGCAAUUCUUCAAAAGCCACUGGACAGCUGUGCUUUGCAAGCCACAAACUCACCCAAACUUCGCUUCAGCCCGAGGGGGAGAGAGACAAGAUGCAAAGGCUAUAGAGUUCAGGUAGGCUCCAGCGUUAACCUCCAGAACCUGGAUGAGUUAAUUUAGAAAUAGCUUCUACUGUACUAGUUGGCAAAUAUAUAUAUAUGUAUACACAUAUAUAUAUUUUUUUAUAUAUAUAUGUAUACACAUAUAUAUAUAUUUUUUAUAUAUAUAUAUUUAUAUAUAUAUAUAAAAAAUGUAGGUAGCAUCCCUGUCACCAGCCUCUCAGUUCUGUUUGCCGCACGGGGGUGGUGUGUGCCCCGGAUGCCUGUCAUCGCACACACUAAUCCCAGCAUGUGAGAGGACCUGGAGGAAAGGGAUGAUAUUUUUACACCCUCUUCUAGGUAAAGCCCAUGAGUAGCUUAGCUGACCCCGUUGGACCCAGUGUGGCCUCAUCCCGGGAAGGGGAGAGGUGGCCUCAGGAGCCACGAGCAUCCUGCCCUCCCACCCUCCCUGGCCGAAGCCCUGGUGCCGGCGGGGUUUGGGGCAGUUUUAUUUUCAGGAGUCAGAGAUGAGCAGGCGAAGGCAGUGGGUUUUGGUUUUUUUUUCUCUUAACGACUCAGAAAUGCAUCUUCAGCGUGUGCGUCCAAUUUAGCAUUUUAUAAGGUGUGUAGAAGCACAGGGGUAUAUAUGGGCAGUGUUGUAAAAAAUGAAGCAACUGGUUAGUAUCUGUUGUAUAUACAUUUUUUGGUGUGAUUAUAAUGCCAUUUGUAUUGAAAUAGCUGAAGUUCCAACAAAAUAACCAUUCUGUCUACUCCUUUUCUUUUUACUGCUCUUUACCUCCAGUCAUCUUGUGUGCACCCAUGUAAAAGGAAGAGAGACCUAUGCGCAGGACAUGAAAUUGUGCCUUCGACAUACAUUAGGACUGCUGGAAGUCGUGGCUUUAUUUCAAAAGGUGCACAACCCCCCCACCGGUUCAUGCAGAAUCCCACUGGUGAGACAUGCAGGUCAUGUUUCUAAAUACUUGAAGUACCAGUUGUAGUGCAAUUAUUUCGCUUCACCCUUUUAUUAGCUUAGAGGAGAGGGGGAGGAAGAUCCGCACAUCCAUCCCUUCGGAUGAGCCAAACAAAUCCCUGCUCCAGCUCCUGCAGUAUUUUACUGGAAAGUUUUAGGAUCCGUUUUUGUUUCGGGUGUAUGAUGUGGCUCCUGGAGUCCCCUUUCUUAAGGUCUUACUUUGGUAUGGGCUUUCCAUUUAGUGCUUUCCUUUGGCUUCCUUAGCCCCUCCCUGAUAUAUUCCUUUUCAUCAUUCACUUAUAAAAAAAGCAACAGCUUCCUGUAAUUCUGAAUUUCCAGUCUGCCUCUUGGACAUGGAGUUAAUGAUUCAUUCAGAGGUACCUCAUUGCUGUGCCUGAGAGAUGAACUGGUGUUCAGAAUUCCCACAUUAUACCUAUUGACCAAACAUUGACUUUUGCUGAGAGCAAACCUGGAAUUGCACGUAUGCGAUGCACGUAUCUUUGCUCCUUUUGAUCAUCAGAGUUAGGAGAACUGGACGGUAAAUCAGAGCUCUAGCUGCAAAGCAUGAGUACACUUUUGGUGUUACAAAAAGUCUGUUUUCAACAAAAGCCUUGAAAUUCCUGCUGAAGCUGCCUUAAUUUAAAAAUCAAAGUUUAUUUGUAAGACUCAUCUCUAUGGGGGUUUUUUCCAAGUUUUGAAAUAGUUUAUUUAUCCUCAUCUCACUAAGCUGUGAAGUAGAUACCGUAGACAUGGUAAUGUUUAUUCUUGUUGCUGAAAGCAUGUUCAUGUGUUCUGUAUCAUGUUAUAUUCAUGUGUUUUGUACCUCAAUGCAUUUGAUUGGUUUUUUUCUUUUAGAGCACAAAGCAAAACUGAAUCCCAGGAUAAAUGUAGUGUCCAUGGCCCAGCAGACAAAAUUCAGCCCUAUGAGAGAGCUGAACCAGACUAGUCCAUUGCCUUUUUUGUUCGUACUAUAAGGAGUAUUUAUGAUUUAUGAUAUUAUGUAUUUAUGAUUUUUUUUUUGUUAAAAUACUGAACUUUAAAAGCUCUGAGUAUAAGCACCCCUUCAAACAUAUCGUUAACAUGAAGCUGAGAAAAAACCCCCUGAGCUCUAUAAAUACUCUACCCUUCUUGAUAUUUUCUAUUUUGUCAACUGAUGGACUGGAGAAGGUUUUGUUUUCAAAUUAAUUGGUUUAAUACUUUCUGGGGCUAGCUGUUGUGGAAGGGCACAGAGCCUAGGUUCAGUUUUGUCCUUUGUGCAAGUAACCGUGCAUUAGAUAAUCACAACGAAGCCUUUUACCUUCCAUUUAUGGUGUGGAAAGUGUUUCUCGCUGUACUGCACUGCAUGUGAUAGCUGUCUCCAUGGUUGACAUUUGCACUUUAAUAAACUCAGAGAUGAAAAGAGGUGAGA